GGAGCAAGAGGCGGAAGAGGUGUGUUUUCUUCACGGAACAAACACAAGUUUCUCCUAAAUGGCAAAAACGCACUUGGAUUGUGUUGCAGUGGGAAGAAGAGACAGAAAACACAGCACUAACUCCCACUAAUGUGACCUGAGGGACGGUAAAUUGGCUCUGACGCGCGUAUUUUUCAGCGUGAUUAGAAAAGUUGUGCAGAAAAGACGAAAACAACUGCGGUACGGACACGGACAUUUUUUUCAUUUAUAGAAAGAACAAGCAAAUGCACUUUACACCAGGGACUUAAAUCUGACAAAACGACGUCUACCAAUCAUCAUCUGAGAAGAUUUUGUGUUUGAUGCCAUUAGGAUGGGGAACAGCAGCAGUGACAGAGGCAGUGGGGGUCAGGGUGAAAGGUCAUACAGAGAGGGACAACAAGGAGGGAAGGAGGCUCGGUCCAACAUCCUGAUGGACAGCAGUGAGGAUGCAGACCUGUUCCAGAGAGAGGAUGCAAAGGCUCCACAGGAAAUGCAGGAAUUUCUGGCGUGGCAGCAGGACCUAGACAGUGACUGUAAAAACCCGACCCAGGCCAGACCCACUGUGUUCAGAUGGGCUGGAGCUGCCAAAGACGUGUACGUGUCCGGUUCCUUCAACAACUGGGUCACCAAGAUCCCACUGAACAAAAGUCAGAACAACUUUGUGGCUAUCGUGGACCUGCCAGAGGGAGAACACCAGUACAAGUUCUGUGUCGAUGGACAGUGGAUUUUAGAUCCAAACGGGGCUGUGAUGACUUCUAAAACUGGAACGGUCAAUAAUGUCAUCAACGUGAAGAGAACAGACUUUGAAGUGUUUGAUGCCCUCAGGAUCGACUCACAGGAUUCUGCAGACAUGUCUGACUUGUCCAGUUCUCCUCCUGGUCCAUACCAACAGGAUGCUUAUGUAAUCAAGUCAGAAGACAAGAUCAAGCAUCCUCCGUUCUUACCCCCACAUCUGCUGCAGGUGCUGCUUAACAAAGACACAGGCAUCUCUUGUGACCCGACGCUGCUUCCAGAGCCCAACCAUGUGAUGCUUAAUCAUCUCUAUGCCCUGUCAAUUAAGGAUGGAGUGAUGGUUCUCAGUGCAACUCACCGAUACAAAAAGAAGUAUGUGACCACCCUGCUGUACAAGCCCAUCUAAACAACACACCAAUGAUUCAGCUUCUAAUUUUGACAAAAGAAGAUAGUUUUGUACAUGUUCAUAUAUACUGCUGCUACUAUAAUCUACAUGUGGUUUGUAUCAACCAGUAAUUUUUUUCUUAACAUUCUGUGAUCACGAUGAAAAUGAACAUUCCUUUCAUUGCUUUUAACAUUUGCCUUGUUUACGUUUUUUUUUUUUUUUUUUUUUUACAGAAAUGUUAGAUGAUUUCAGAUCUUUUUUAGCCAAUCAAAAUGAGGAAAUUACAUCUUAAACCAAAGCUUAGGUAUGAAAUUACAACUAUUGUUAAUGUUAAAUAUGUAAAUGACUAGAAUUGUAAGAAGCUGGAUGGAAAUAGUAACAGUAAAACAAGCGAAGCUGCACAAAUCUCGCAGAAUGUGAGCAAACAAACACAAGGACAUAAAGGAUGAAAUGUAACUGGAAGAUGACACAGUUCUCAGUAUUUCAUUUACUCGUUUUAUUUUACCUGAUACCUGUGUAAAUCAGACGUAUUUCCCUUCAGGUCCUUUACAAAGACAUUAAAAUUUCCAAGAACUA